CCUGAGUCCACCAGGUGCCCAAACAAUUGUUAGCCAUUGAACCACUGUUGAAUACUUUAUUAUCAUGUCUCAAACCAGGUCUGGGCGUUCGCAGGCCACAGCAAUCAUACCACAUUCUCGUUGCCCUGGGCCGAAGCUGCGAGCUUUCAAACACCAGGAUGCAGAGAUAGAAUGGGGCAGGAGACUGGACGGUGACCGAGCGGGAGUAGCGGAGACCGAUGGCUAUGUGUUUGAGGUGAAGAUACGAUCCCGACUUUAUGCUUUGAAAGUCUUCAAGUUUUUCCACCCACAUAGCACAAUGUACUAUUGGGGAGUGUAUCUUGGGACCCCCAUACCCUUGAAGAAAGUCAUUUACUAUACCGACCCCUUCUUUGCAGAAUGUCGGGCUUACGGCCGUAUUGAAGAAGCCUCCGAGAAGCUGGGAAGAAAGGACCAGUUAGCAGUGAAAUGUCAUGGAUACAUCUAUCUUGGAGACGAGGACAAGAAGAAACUCCAGGAAAAAGGCCUUGAUCUCGGAAUGAAUGUCCUUGAUGAGAAGCUCCGGCAGGCACUGGAAGGAGGAGGUCGUGUCCGAGCGAUCGUGAAGGACUUGGCGCCUUCUCGCACAUCUGUCAAUUCGAGGAACGUUCGGGCGGCACUGGAAACUGUGAGGAAGCUGAACGAGUUGCAAAUUUAUAAUAGGGAUAUUAGGGCAGAAAACUUUGUCGGUGGGAAACUUGUGGAUUUUGGCUCGUCAUGGACUGAGCCCCAUAUCAUUCUCGAUGCUCUGGAACCCGAUGAGGCCGAAGAUUCGAGGCUGGAGGACCUCGUCAUGUUUGAUGACAUGAUCGAGGAGGAGGGAAUCAAGACCAGACCACAAGUGCAAGCGUUAAGGAACGUGGAGUACCGGAAGAAAUUACGGGGUAGGCAGGUCCCCAAAGGAUAG